GCUUAUUUGGAUGUGCCAUAGGUCAGUGUGACUGUGGGUCAGACAACAUACCUCGCCCUGACGAUUGGGCCGAUAUGGGACGGUUGUUCAAAGUCGGCUGUGCUUUUGUGAGGCAUCGGUCUUCAGUCCUGACACCCAUCCUACAGGUGGUUACCAAACCUCUGUCCACCACGAGUACCUCUGUGACCACGGAGGUUCACAAGUUCUGUCUGGAAACCCCUAUUGACGAAGCCACCACGCCUCCUGCUAGCUGGUACACAGAUGGACGUCUGCACGACCUGGAAAUGAGAACUGUGUUCCGGCGGAACUGGGUAGCAGUGGGCGUGGCUAACCAAGUGGCAAAACCUGGACAGUUCUUCACAGGUGUACUAGGCACCGACCCGUUUGUGGUGGUGCGAGACCAAUCUGACCAGCUGCGGGCCUUCCACAACGUGUGCCGCCAUCGGGCUAACAUCGUGGUACGGCAGGGGGAGGGGCAGGCUCAACACUUCACCUGCUGCUACCACGGGUGGACAUACAGGCUGGACGGGAGACUAUCGAAGGCCCUGCGCCUACGCGGUAUAAAGAACUUCUCUGCGCGAGAGAACGGCCUGAAGCCCGUAGCGGUGAGGACGUGGGGCCCGGUAGUGUUGGUGCAGCUGGAGGGAGACGGGAGGGAAGACUUCGAGGAGAAAACGUCUCCUUUGUUACAGCAUCUCGACACGCAGGGCUUCACACACGGGAUGAGGCACAUAUGUCGGCGAAUCUAUGAUGCCAAGUGUAACUGGAAAUUGUUGGUUGAGAACGCACAGGACCAUAAUUCCCAUGUUGAGUAUGUUCACAAAGAUCUGGCAAAAAUCGUGGAUCUGCCUUCCACCAAGGUGCAAGCAACCGAACUGUACAGCAAAAUGACGGGACAAGGAGCGACGGAAAACGAGCAGUCUACAGAAGGCCAGCGUUACGGUCAGGCGGGGUACAUCGUAGCAAACGUCUUUCCAAACCUCGCCAUCAACCGCUACGGUCCGUGGCUGGACACCAACCUACUCCUUCCCCUGGCCACUGACCGGACACGGAUAGUCAUGGACUACUUCUUAGAAGAAGACUUCGUCAAGAACAUCGGUGACAAGGAACUGGCGGAGUUUGUUGAAACAAGUUUGAAGGACAGUGACCAGGUGCAGAAAGAGGACAAUGACAUCUGUGAGAGUGUGCAGAGGGGACUGACGUCAUCUGCCUAUGACGUAGGGCGGUACCUACCCGCCAUAGAACACGGUCCGCACAGGUUUCACAUUUUCCUGGGGACGGAACUCAGGAAGGGACUGAAAUUGUAAAUGCAAUGUUAGCUGGUUCUUUGCGUGUGUACGUUUCAGCACGACGCAGAGCACAGUUUUACGUAUAUGAGAUUUCUACCUAAAAGGUUUAGUCAGCUUGUGGUUUUAUGAAUGUGCACUGCAAAGCAGACGAGAAACGUAUCCUUUUAAGUAUGUCAAUAAAUUGUUUCACAAUUGUAAUUUAUGUGCCAUAUGACUACUUCUGUAAACACGUUCAAGGAUUGAGAGAAAACAUUCAUUAUGAUACCCUUUAGAUGACCUUUGGAGUAUUCUAGAUUUCACAUUCCCUUUGUUCUGUUCAACUUUGAAUAAACUUAUCAUAAUGCAUAUAUGAUCGAAGCUUAUCCCAUUAAUAUAGACCACAUGCAGAGUUUUGAAUGCCAUAUCCAAAUAAAUCCAUACCAUAAAGGAGAUAAAGUCAGCAUUAUGAUGACAUUAGCUUAUCUUGUGCUGACACUUGGCAUAUACUUCAUUUGCGUAACCCAGUUCUCAGCGUGGCAAAUAUAAGUAAGCUACUUGCGAGCUGUGAUAAGUAACCCAUGGCUGGUUAUAGUUUCAUAUUUCAGAAAAGAGGUCGCCAUCUCAUUCUAUAAUUUCACUGACGUCAGUCACGGAAGCAAUACUAAUCCUGUAGCAAUCCAAAAAUCCAGGACCCAGGCUUCUUUUUGUUGAAGGAUAUUGGGAGAUCUUGCUGGAAAAUAGAACAGGAUUUGGCCGAA